UGAGGCGCUGGCGGCGGCGGCGGAGGAGGGAAGCGCGCGCGUGCCCUGCUAGUCGAGGGAGGACGGCGGAGGAGGAGGAGGAGAAGGAGCAGCGCGCGCUCCCGGGGCCCCCCUCGCCUUGUUGUACUCGGCACAAAGCUGGCUCCGCUACGAGCAAAGCAGCGGAGGGGGAGAAGCAGGCGGCAGCCCGAGCCGAGCCAGCCGGCGCCAUGGAGGAGCUGAGCAGCGUGGGAGAGCAGGUCUUCGCCGCCGAGUGCAUCCUCAGCAAGCGGCUCCGCAAGGGCAAGCUGGAGUAUUUGGUGAAGUGGAGAGGCUGGUCUUCCAAGCAUAACAGCUGGGAACCCGAAGAGAAUAUUCUUGAUCCCAGGCUGCUCCUGGCCUUUCAGAAGAAGGAGCAUGAGAAGGAGGUGCAAAAUCGGAAGAGGGGCAAACGACCUAGAGGCAGACCCAGGAAGAACGUUGAGCCGGAGGUGCCUGCAAAGAGCAAAUCCAGCAGCUCUUCUUCCUCAAGCUCCUCCUCAUCUUCCUCCUCCGAUGAAGAGGAUGAAAGUGACCUUGAGACAAAAAGAGGUCAGCGGAGCAGAGAGAGCCACCCAGUGCCUCAAAAGAAAGCUCAGAUCCUGGUUGCCAAACCUGAGAAUAAGGACCCUAUUAGGAAGAAGCGUGGGCGGAAGCCUCUGCCUCCGGAGCAGAAGGCAGCAAAGAGGACUGUCAACCUGACAAAGGUGCUGAAAACAAACCAAAAGGAGAUGGGAGGCGGGGGAGGAGGCCCCAAACUAAUGAGCAAGAUGCAGCCGCAACACAACGCUCAGAGUUCUGGCAUUGCCAUGCUUAAAUCCCACAUGAAGGAAGCCCAAGGUGCAUUUGGUGGGUUUUGUUCCGGGGCUUCCUCCACCCACAACCUCUCCAGUAUUGUGAAAAGCACCUCAUCUGGGAGCCCCAACUGUGGCAUCAGCUGGCAGAGCUCCAUCGUACAUUAUAUGAGCAGGAUGUCGCAGAACCAGAACUCAGCAGAUGCCUCUGCAGUGGGGAGGCUGACGCUCAAGUCGGCCAUGUCCUGCAAGAGUGGCCUGGGGCUCGAUUUAAAACUGAAAAACCAGAAAGCCGGCGGGGAUCUGGAGUUGACCGUGCAAGGCUCCAAGGUGACAAAGAGGCCUGGCAGCAGCAGCGCGUUGGGGGAGCAGAAAACAGGGUACGGUGCUGGCGCCCAGAACUUGCACAAUGGCAACAAGCCCCCCGCCGGCUCUGCCAACAACCACCCAGCUUCCAACCAAGAGCUCAACCUCCAAGCUUUAAAUCUGCAGAGUGUGAAAAAUGGGAUGAAUUCCACAGGCGGCGGCAACCUUUCCCACCAUGCUUGUGGGACUGUGGCCAAGGGCACCGGCGGCAGCCUAGCUGUGAGCACAGGUGUGGGCAAGGGCAGUGCCGGGCCUGGCAGCGGCUCAAACGCAGGGGCAGCGUUGGCAGGCGCAGACCCUCGCAAAAGCGAGAAGCCAGCACAACGAGCAGCUGUGGGCGAGAGGGAUGCAGCCGCGAAAAGCGGCAAGCCUCCGUGUGCCCAGGAGGGGUGCCCUGCAGCAGAGAACCACAAGGCUUCGGCCCUCUCUGAGAUGAGCACCGGAGAAGAGGAGACGAGCUCGGAUUCAGACAGAGAUUCUUCUUCUUUCCCCGGAGCAGGCCAGAACAUGUCUGUCUCCGUCCAGACUAGCCAGGACUGGAAGCCCACUCGCAGCCUCAUCGAGCACGUCUUUGUCACAGACGUGACAGCUAACCUGAUCACAGUGACUGUCAAGGAAUCACCAACCAGUGUUGGCUUUUUUAAUCUUAGACAUUACUGAGCUCGGAGGCAUGCAGGGGGAAGAUAGGUUUCCCUCCCGCUCAUCCUGUCUCAUUGACUCUACCUGACUGUUGCCUUGGAUGCCAGAAGGGGAAACAAAACCCAGCUGCUCCCACCCUUUAUAAGCUAUAUGCUAUGACACAGUCACUCUGCAUUGGGAGGCU